AUGAAGCAGACCUCUCACAUUCCAAAUCAUUACAUCCGCACCAAGGUUCUCAGCAUCCAGGUAGAACCUGAUGAGCGUCCUCCAACACUUGAUCAGCCAAUGGCCACAUCCGCCGACAUAGGAUUUCCAGCCAUUAUAUCUCUGUUCUCUAAUCACCCCAUCACCAUGCAAGGACUGAGCAUCAAUGUACACCAGGAAUACUGCUCAGCAGAUGCUAUCCUGCAUUUCUUUGAUGCUCUUAUAUCUCUCAGGCCAACUGAUGAUGAUGAGGAUGCAUUGCCAGCUUGGGAGGAUCUGGUAGGGUUAAGAUUGAAGAUGCCAUGGAAAGAAGAAUUUUUUGUCUUGGAUGAGAGCAUUCUUCAGAUUCCACGUGAUGGCUUGGCUGCUUUGCAUGCUCUGGUCUAUUUGACUGCUCUAGAGCUGGGGGACUUGGGCACUUGUAGGAUUGAUGAUGAUGCCUUGCUGAAUUUGGCCCUCAGUUUACCGUAUCUUCAACAUCUCUUCUUGGGCACAAGGCAAUUUUGGGAAGAAGCUCCAAGGGCCACUCUAUGGGGGAUCUCGCACAUCCUGUCCCACUGUCAUAGUUUGCAGAAGCUGGGUCUGCUGUUCUACUGUGGCUUGGGACAACAUAUUCUUGAAUCUGCUGCUAGAAACAACCUCAUCACAACACUACAUGUUGGAUUCUCUCCGCCGCACAGUUCUGUUACUGUGGCAGCAUUUUUUGCUCAUUCUCUGCCUAACCUGAACUCCAUCAUGGUGGAGCCUAGAGAAUCUCAUAGCAAACAUGCUCACAGCCGUACAGAUCUGACUCUUCCUGAUCGUGAUGCCAGAAUUCAGGAAUGGGACAGGAUUUUAGAGUUGACUAGAGAGUUUGUGGAACUUUGA